AAAUUCAUGGAUCUGGAGUCGAAUAUUAACUAACGGGUUGAACAUGUGUUAUAAGAGAGCUGCGUUUUGCAUUACUGCGCAGGGCGCUCAGAGUCACAGACAAGAGAGGAACGGAUUUGGACGCACGUCAAGACGUCCACCCACCGAUGCGACACUAGUGUGCCAAAAACACUCCAGAAAACACAGAAGAAAUGGAGAAACGAAAGGAGCACGAGUUGAAAAUUCAUGAAAAUGUAAAGACAAGCAAAUCACCGAAACUAUGUGGGACCAACUACCCUGUCAGCAUCUCCUUUAUAGUGGUGAAUGAGUUCUGUGAACGCUUCUCCUACUAUGGCAUGAAAGCGGUGCUGACACUGUACUUCAUUAACUACCUGCAUUGGGACCAGAACCUAUCCACAGCAGUGUACCAUGCCUUCUCCAGCCUCUGCUACUUCACCCCUGUGCUGGGGGCCCUCAUCGCUGACUCCUGGCUGGGCAAGUUCAAGACCAUUGUCUACCUCUCUGUUGUCUAUGUACUCGGUCACGUCAUCAAGUCUGUUGGGGCCAUACCGAGUGUGGGGGACUCAACUAUACACAUAGUACUGUCUAUGGUGGGUCUGAUCCUCAUAGCCUUUGGUACGGGAGGUAUCAAACCCUGUGUAUCAGCGUUCGGAGGUGACCAGUUUGAUGAAGAGCAUACAAAUGAAAGGAGGAAAUUCUUCUCAAUUUUCUACAUGUCCAUCAAUGCUGGGAGUGUCUUAUCGACACUCAUCACACCUGUAUUGCGAGGAGAUGUGCAGUGUUUUGGUGGUGACUGCUACGCUCUUGCCUUCGGAGUACCAGCGAUUUUGAUGGUCAUUGCUCUAAUUGUGUUCAUCUCUGGAAGUGGGAUGUAUAAGAAGAGUCCACCGGAAGGGAACGUCUUGCUGGAUGUGUGUAAGUGCAUGGGGUUGGCCAUCAAGAACCGCUGGAAGAGCUCUAAGUAUGACCCUAAGAAGAAACACUGGCUGGACUGGGCAGAGGAGAAGUAUCCGAGACGUCUGAUCCAUGAAAUUAAAAUGGUCCUAAGGGUUCUGGUGCUCUACAUCCCUCUGCCCAUGUUCUGGGCUCUGUUUGACCAGCAGGGAUCCCGCUGGACUCUCCAGGCCACCCGGAUGAACAUGGCCUUCGGAUCAACAUUUGUCCUAAAGCCUGAUCAAAUGCAGAUGUUAAACGCUCUGCUAAUCCUUGUGUUUGUGCCUAUCUUUGAUGUGGUUGUGUACCCACUCAUAGGCCUGUGCAAGAUCAAUCUCACGCCGCUGAAGAAGAUGGCCGUGGGUAUGAUCUUUGCAGCGCUGGCUUUCGGUUCUGCCACCUUGGUGGAGGUCAAUGUCACGAAAACAGUGGUGGAGCCUGCGCCACAGGGACAAUGUCUGCUACAGGUCUACAAUCUGGCUGGCAGUGACAUCAACCUGAACAUCCCCGGGAGUAACCUCUUCUCACAACCCAUCAAAUCCUAUGAGGAUCCACCAGCAUAUCAGCAUAUUCAACUAGGGGGACACAACAAGACCAUCAGUAUGGGGGUCACCCAAAAUGAAAACCCUUACCAGUGUGUCCAAACCUUCACAGAGCAGAAAGCCUACACUCUCGUCCUGCACAGCAAUGGCUCUGGGAUUGUGUGUCAAUUAGCGACAGACAACAUACAUAAAAGUGAAAAAAUGGAAGCGAACCUGAGAUUCAUCAACACAUGGAGUGAGGCUGUGAACAUAACAGUGGGUGGUGUGGACUUUUACGUACCUGCUGACUAUGGCAUAUCUCCCCAUAACAGUGUGGAAAGAAAAGUGUACACAAAUGAUAAGUGUACAUCAGGAUCACAGAAUUCCACCAUCCACCUGGGCCUGCUUGACUUUGGAGCCUCGUACACUGUCAUUCUCAAAGGGGGCCCUGGAGAGAUCAUUCUCCAGAAAAUGGAGGAUGUGAAGGCCAAUGAUGUCCACAUAGCCUGGCAGAUUCCCCAGUACGUCCUGAUCACAGCAGGAGAAGUCAUGUUCUCCAUCACAGGCCUCGAGUUCUCCUACUCACAGGCCCCAGCUAGCAUGAAGUCAGUGCUGCAGGCUGGCUGGCUACUGACUGUAGCCUUUGGCAAUGUCAUUGUGCUGAUCGUAGCAGAGGGGGCAGGUCUGGAUCAGUGGAUGGAGUUCCUGUUGUUCGCUGGCCUCCUGGUGGCAGUCUGCAUCAUCUUCUCCAUCAUGGCUUACUUCUACACCUACGUAGACCCUGACGAGCUAGACAAGCUGUUCCCAGACAAGACAGUCAAUGACGACAAUGAAGAAAACUUGAAAAAGAACCAGAAAUACCAGACAGACGACAGUAUGUACUUGAACCCAAUAGAGAAGAGCACUAAGAUGUAGCUUGGUGACUGACGUACUGUGUUACUAUUUGCCCCUCGAUAGACUUGUAAGCCCCUAUUGUGGAAUGUUUUUAUGCAUUGGUAAAUCGAAGCAAAGUAUUAAGAUUUGGUGAAUAGUGAUUGAGUGUAUUUUCACUGAGCCUUACUGUAUGUAAUUUGUUGUUGUCACACCCUGUCUGUGUGAUCUUAUGUACUAACCAGAGUUAGCACUCCAACCCAGACAUUUCUCAAAAUCCACAGGUGAAAUGAGGACCAGUAGGAACAAAACAACAUUGUUGACAUACUUUAUGGCAAAAUAUAUUGCAUUUUUGUGAAUUUAUAACAUUUUACAGAAUUUUGCAGUACUGUACAUAAUGAAAUUAACUUUAGUUUCCUGUUUAUAAUGCUGUUCAAAGUAGACAAGGAACACAACUGUCUCUUAUAGUUAUUGAUAAAUGAAAGGGAACCUAUCCAAAAACAACACAAUAACAGAACAUUGUAAAAAUGGUCCCUCUUUACACUGGCUACUUGAGAUAAAACUGGAGUAGAUUGAAGUCCAGUAAUACUUGACUAAACUAAAGUACAGAUGACAAAGGCAACAGUAAACACGUAGUCCCCCACGAAUGAUGUAGUGCCCCCCUUGGGCUAAUUGAGAUAUUGCGUGUGACUAACAAUUUUCAGUUAAUUACUAUAGCUCCUCGCCUUGGCCAGUCAGUGUAAUUUUGUAAAUGCCGGAUCUCUAUGGCAAGACACAUAAUUCACCCAAGUUUCAUCAAAAUCGUCCCAGUGCUGUCUGAGAUAUCGCGUGUGACUAACGUACGAACAAAAGGAAGGAUGGAGACGAAUCCAUAGUCCCCUCCCCGAUUUUAUCGUGGGGGACAACUAUGGAGUCAGGGAAAAGUCUCAAGACACACUAGAGAAGAAAUGCUGCUCCUAAUCAUCGGCAUAACAUUUUCUAAUCCUGCGAACCAUUUCACUGUAAUUUUACUGUAAAUUAAAAAUUAAACUGUAAAUAAAAAGUACAUUUCUCUAGUUGAAUAUGA